AUGGACAGUGCCGAUGCUUAUGCCAGAAACACCGUGCGAUCCUGCACAACUUGCUCCAAAGCAAAGGCGAAGUGUGUCCGUCGGCCGGGAGAAGACAUUUGUGAAAGAUGUGCACGACUCAAGAAAGAAUGCCUAUCGAAGGAUCCAGUGAUCCGUAGACGAAAGCCUACGAAGACGACACGUGCCGCUCAGCUAGAGAAGCUUGAGAGCAAGAUUGAGCACCUGGUCAACACGUUGUCGAGCGGACAGCCACCAUCGACAUAUCACCAACCAGAUAUCGGACGGCCUUCCCCUCCAGUAUCUCAGCAAGCGUCAUCGAUAGGCGAUAACGGCGGCUGCAGCUUCACCCGAAGUAACCAUGUGCUACGAAGCCUUUGUGAAGAAGGAUGUACAUCGCCAUCGACAGACGUGCAUCCCAGCUCAGCGACUACACCAGCUGCCGCAGUGGACCGUGCCAAUACGCAAGUAAGGCUCAGUGAGGCUGAGGUACUGCUUGACAGGUAUCGGAGGCUAAUGGCUACGGGAAUGCCGUUUGUCAUCAUCCCCGAAGAAGCAACGGCAUCAUCUCUGCAGAGCUCAAGUCCAGUGCUAUUGAGGUCGAUCUGCACUGUCGCUCUCCUCCAUGACCUCCCACGCCAACAGGCCUUGGUCAAGGAUCUGAUCCGGGACAUUGCAGAACGAAUCAUGAUCAACAGCGAGAAGUCUAUUGAUCUGCUCCAGGGUGUACUGGUCAUCGUUGCUUGGUAUCACUCCCACGUCUUCUGGAGCUUACAGGUCACGAAUUUGCUACACUUAGCUAUAGCCAUGAUUACGGAUCUUGGUAUCGAUCGAUCACCAUCAGCCACUGUUGACUUCAAGGCCAAGUACGUGAAAGCCGUUCAUGGGCCUCCUCUUGCGACCCGAAUGCCGUCCUUGGCAGAACGCCGCAUUCUCCAGGGAGUCUUUUACCUGACUUCCAUGCUUUCAUCUUCAUUCAAGAAGAUUGACGCAAUGCCAUACACAAACUAUAUGGAAGAAUGUCUUGAGCACCUCGAGCAAGCCAGGGAGUACGACAGCGACGUAUUUUUGGUGCAAAUGGUACGGGUACAACGCGUCAUCGAAACGAUACACACGACCGACACUCCAAAUGCACCGUCCCGCAUCUACAUCAAGGCAUUCCAGGCGGACAUCGAACGUCUACGAAGAGCAGAUCCCUGCAAAGAGGACCACAUAUUCCUUGCGUUGCAAUAUCUCACCGCUGAGAUCCUGAUGUGGGAGCUGUCCCUUAACGAUCUUCAGGACAACAAGACUCACACACUCAGCAAUCAUCUGCGGGAUCUCUACAAUUGCGUCGCAAGCAUCAAACGCUUCUUGGAUGUCUACUUUAUGAUACCUUCGUCGGCGUAUUUACUGCUACCGUUCUCGGUCUUCGGCCAGUUCGCCCACGCGUUCAUUGUACUGACGAAACUUGCUUCGCUCGAGGUUGACGGCUGGGACCUGAAGGCCCUCAAUGAUCAACUGAGCUUCUCGAGUGUGAUCGAUGAGUGUGCCGUUCGAUUCGAGGAGGCAUCUCAUGCCACCCCGGACGGUCUUGCCAUCAAUAAUGAUUCCUUUACCAAAUGGGCUCAGCGUGUGAAGUUUAUGAAGCAGGUGUAUGAGCAGAAAUUCACUUCCGAGCCGGCCAACAUCGCUAUUGUGCAGGAGGAUGACAAGGCUCGCUCGUGGCAGACUCCAACGAACGCUGGACAGCCGACACCCCCGGAGGAUCCUGUCCUUUCAGCAGACUUCUUCAACUAUCUCGAUGAUAACUUCUGGCAGAGUUUUGCAGGCUUUACGGGAGAUUUCGAGCUUCAGAUCCCUGAUAUGAAUGCAGCGUGA